AUGUCUGUUGAUUGGACUACCGUGCAAAAAUCUAUCUCGGAAGAGUGGGACAAGUCGGUGGUUCCGACUCUCUCGGCAUACACUGAGAUUCCAAACCAGAGUCCCAAUUACGACAAGGAGUGGGCUACCAAUGGUCUUAUGGAAAAAGCCAUGAACGUCCUCGUUGAAUGGGCAAAGGCGCAACCCAUCAAAGGUCUCAAGUAUGAACUUGUUGAGGAGAAGGGUCGCACACCUUUUCUUUUUGUGGAAAUUGAAGGAACAGAACCCACUGCCAAUACUCUUCUAAUGUACGGCCAUAUGGACAAGCAGCCACCCCUUCUUCCGUGGGCAGAAGGUCUUCAUCCUUACAAGCCUGUGUACCGCGAUGGGAAACUUUACGGCCGAGGCACUGCAGAUGAUGGUUAUGCUAUAUUUUCAGCGCUUACUGCUGUAGCGGCGGUACAAAAACAGGGUCUGCCACACGGACACAUUGUCACUAUCAUUGAGGCAUGCGAAGAGUCUGGGAGUACCGAUUUGUCGUACUACCUUGACCGUUUCAAGAGCCAAAUUGGCAAUGUGGAUAUGCUUAUCUGUCUUGACAGCGGAGCUAUGAACUACGAUCAACUUUGGUUGACGACAGCGUUGCGAGGAGUAUCUGGUGGCGUGCUCACUGUGGAAACGAUGCGUGAAGGUAUGCACAGUGGGAUUUCCGGCGGUGUGAUUCCAGACACCUUCCGUAUUGCACGUAUUCUCCUGGACCGUAUUGAAGACGCUUCUACUGGAGAGGUGAAGAUUCCAGAAGCACACUGUACAAUUCCUGAAACGGUGAUCAAGAGCAUGAAGACCAUGAAUGAGGUUCAAUUUAAGGAACAGUAUCCGCUGCUCCCUGGAGUGUCAUCUGAACCUGGUGACAAUGCUGAGCUCGCGCUGCGCAAUUCGUGGAAACCGUGUCUUACAGUAACGGGCGCCAACCUGCCACCUACAGCGACAGCAGGCAAUGUCAUCCGCGCAAAGACGACUUUGCGGCUUUCGCUCCGCCUUCCUCCCCUGGCGGACGCUAACGUUGCCACUGAAGCCAUGAAAAAAAUUCUCACAGCCAAUCCACCGUAUGGUGCGAAAGUUUGCUUUGAACCAGACAUCGCCGGUUUCGGCUGUGCGACGCCGGAGCUGAAGCCCUGGCUCGCCACCGCCCUCGCGGAGGGAAGCCAAACCGCAUUUGGCAAGCCAUUCGCUUCGCAGGGAAUGGGCGGUUCCAUUCCCUUCAUCGCAAUGCUGCUCAAAAAGUUCCCAGCUGCGCAAUUUAUCAUCACUGGGGUCCUUGGGCCGAUGAGCAAUGCCCACGGGCCAAACGAGUUCCUCCACGUUCCGUUCGCAAAGGGCAUCACCCUCUGCGUGGCGCGCAUGAUCGCUGACCACUUCCAUGCCACGCCAAAAAUCGGAAAAUAG